UUUAAUACACUAAAAAAAGAGAACAUCUGGAUUGACUCCUGACUGCAUUCAGAUUGAUUAUUCUGUCACUACACUCUGCUAAUAAGGAUGGACCAGCCUGCUGUCCCACCGUCAAAGCUGGAGGUGGACGUGGAUCUGGGCUUUGCCCUUUUCUUCCUCUUCCUGCUCUGCCUCUUUCUGCUGGUGACCGUGGUACGCUGUGCUCAAAUGGUCAAGGACCCCUACAGUGCCAUCUCAACCUCAACGUACCAAGAGGAACAGAUCAGCAACUGAGAAAAGCCCUCGCUCUUGGUCGCCCACACCCCUCUGGCUUCAGUUCCCAGGGACCAAUAAACAAUAAACAGACUUUAUGGGCAGUAACAUG